AUGUGGCUCCCGCGCUUCUUCCCCAGCGCCUUGCUGGUCUUGGGGCUCUUUUGCAGGCGUGAAGCCUUGGUCAACUCCAGCGCGGGUCUUCUUGAACUCUCUUUGGACAAGUUCAGAAAUGUGCUACUGAACAAGACCAUCCCAGUGGAAGCUGUAAUAAGGAAUAUUGCAAGCAACGUGACUGUCAUUAUUUUUCAAGUACAUUCCCACCAAAAAAAUGUAACCAUCUCUUUUGAUAAGAAUUCCUCUGCAAAUAGCUCAGGAACUGGAGUGGACAAAGGGUUAGUUUCCAUCCUUCGGCCUCAGCAGAGUGUGUGUACAUGGUACCUGCAGUCUCCGGAUGCCAGCCAAGUGUUGAGCACAGCCGUUUCUUUUGCUUAUUCUGAGAGAGAUCCUAUCCCUGGAGGCUGCAAUCUGGAAUUUAACUUGGAAGUUGAUCCCAAUAUUUAUUUAGAGUAUAACUUAAUUGACACACGCAUCAAGUUUGCCCCUGCAAACUUGGGAUAUGCCAGAGGUGCCAACCCUCCCUCGUGUGAUUCAGGGACAGGCCAGAACUCUAGAUGGCGACUGCGCUAUGACAUCUAUCAGUAUUUCUUACCAGAGAAUGAUCUCUCGGAAACUGCACUCCUGAACCACCUGCGAAAGAUGUCUGACGUGCAGAGUGUCCGAGCUAAUGGCAUUAGACUGGUUUCCUUAACAACUGACGAAAAGACCAAUGUCCACUUCUCCUCACUCCCUGGACAAGGAGUGAUCUAUAAUGUCAUUGUGUGGGAUCCACUUUGGAAUACCUCUGCUGCAUAUGUACCUGUUCAUACCUAUGCCUGUAGCCUCACUGCCCUCGUGGAUAAUUGUUUCUCUCUCAGAAGACUCUCCACCAAAAUAUUCUUCACCACUUUUGCUGUUCUUGGUCUCUUUAUUUGCUUCUUUGGUCACAGGUUCUGGAAAACAGAUUUGUUCUACAUGGGCUUCAUUGUCAUGGGCUUCAUUUUCUUUGUAUUAUUUGCUAGAAUAACCUCCCUUAGCUAUGAUGUUUGUCUGAUUCUGACAGCAGUAGCUGGACUCGUUGGAGGGCUUCUCUUGGUUGCUUAUUGGUGGAGAUUUGGCUUUGUCCUUCUCUGUAUGUCAAUUGUUGGACUUGUGCUGGGAUUCUUCUUCUCAUCAGUGAUCUUCUUCACUCCACUAGGAGACUACAAGGUUUUUCGUGACGAUGCUGUGUUUUGGGUGACCUUUUCCUGCAUAGCAUUGAUGGUGCCAAUAGUCUUUGUUGGCUGUCCAAGAAUUCUGAACAUAUUGGCCUGUGGCAUAAUAGGCUCUUAUUCAGUCAUCUUAGCUAUUGCUUGUUACCUGUACACAAGCCUCGCUUACAUCACAUUGGACCUACUCAGGAGGGUUCUGAAUGACGAUUUCAGCCAAGCUUACACCAAUGUGCCCUUCCAAACAAAUGAUUUAAUCAUCUUGGCAGUAUGGGGGAUGCUGGCAGUCGGUGGAAUAAUGGUGCAGCUUCGCCGAGAGAGACGUGAGAUACCCUUUCCACCACACCCUUAUCGUAUCUGGAAGCGAGAAAGGGAGCGCAGGAUUACUAACAUCCUGGAUCCUAGCCACCACAUCCCUCCUCUGAGAGAGAGGAUCCAUAACAAACUAUCGCAGAUCAAGGAGUUCUUCCGAAAAGAGCAGCCAGCUGGGGAAAGAACUCCAUUGCUUCUGUAAUUAACCAAAUGGUGCACAUUGAUAGCUACUCAAAAGGGCUCUAAGCAUCUAAACUGAGGUGGUGAUGACCAGCAUCUGUCCAGCAAUGCUGACUUGGUGUUCUUAUGACCUAAUCCCGCUUAACAAAGCUACAGUGUAUGCUGGACGUUGAAGACAAACCUUUAUCUAGCUGAUAAGCUGAAUGCUGUCCUGUGCUCUUUCUCAGUGGCCCAUUUGUCCUGCUGUAAAAACUUCUGGUUCCUGCAGAGACCUUGCACUAAGGGUGGAGUAUAUUUGAGUGCAAUGACUAAGGUGUUUCUCUUUGUGAGUCUUGUGUUUGUUGGAAAUGUUUAGGUAUGUGAAGUCUAAAAACAAAAGCCUGAGAAGGUAACUUGUGAUUUAAAUAUGUGCAAUGUCAAAACUCUUCCCUUGUAUCUUGUAAUGGAUUUUCAAGAGACCACCUUGAUUCUCACCAGACAUGAGCAUCCUAUGCCGAACAUACAAGGGAAGAAAUACUAAAGACAGACUAGAUAUUGAAGUAUCCUAACUGCAGUGUCUUCACAACUAUUAAACCUUCAAUAUUGGUACGAAACCUACAUCUCUGAACACAGUAAUGGUUUUUAAUAGGUCUAUUACUGAACCAUCACAAACUGUACUUGUGUUUUAAUUGCACUGGAUUAAUAUUUGUAUUCCUGUGUGUUCAGCAACUGGACUCUGCCUCAGAGAGAGAAUAAGAAGGCUCCUUUUCACCCUCCCUUUUAAACUAUCUGUGGGGUGGGAUGAUGUCCUUUCGGUACCAAGCUGCUUGUCUGGUCUCUGCUUGAAGAGUUGCCCUGAGAACUACAAGAAGCAGUGAGGCAAAGCUGGAGUUGUAAAUUGUAAGAGAUGAUCAAACACAAGAGAGUCCCCUCCCUUGCUUUAGCUUCCCUAAUUGCUUCUUUGAGCUAGGAACACCUAAGGGCUAAUGGCCUCCUUGUUUCGGCUACUGUACUUUGUAAAUAGCUUUUGG